UCCAGGUCCGGGUUUUACCUGCGGCGCAACCUCGCCCCCUGCCUCACGCUCUCUGACUAGACCUCCUGAGCGCGCUCGCACUUCGGCGUCCCGUGCUCACGGAGUUUGCGUGCGUUUCUUUCUUUUGGCAAAUAAUUCCUAGACGGGAGGGUAAAAAUGACAGUGUGAAAAAAACGACUCUGUGAGGUUGAUCGUCGCCGCUUCAGUCUCCGGGAGCCAUCAUGAGGUCCCCGCGACUCUGGGUUGCGAUGUGUGUGAUGACUGUGUGUUACCAGCUCGGUACUUCCAGCAGAUACGGUUGUCUGUUUGAGAAGAGGCUGUGCCCCAGGGAUCAGUUCUGUUCAGAUGAUGGGCUAUUUGGACAGUGUCGGGCGGCGUCUCAGCAGGAGGUGGUUCAGUAUCAGGUUUCUGUUCCUGUGUUGCACAGACUGCAGGAGGUGCUCAAGGAGCUGAUGGUGCAAGGACUGACUUGGAAGGAUGACAUCACGCAGUACAUCAUCUCUCAGGAGCUCAAAGACGUGCCGUUGGCCCAACCCCCACUGAAACCUGGAAGCAGCAAUCCUGACAAGCUGUCUGAGCGCUCAGAGUCCACCCCUAAGCCCUGGAGAGCGGCCCCCAGAGCCCAGGCCAAGCAGACCCAGCCCGACCCCAACGCCGUGCAGCGCUACCUGGACUACACCAUCCUGGAGCCGCCCCAGUCCCCACUACACAUGCAGAGCCUGGAUCCAUACACCUACCAGCAGUACACUUACCAAGAUGACCAGGAGCGCUCGCUGAACUCGGUGAAUGGGGGGCGAUACCCGCGCCCCUCCUCUCGUUCGGGGGUCAGUCAGGGUGCCCGUCCUCAGGAUCUGGACCGUCAGGUUCUGCAGGACCUGGUGUCCCUCUACCUGUCUCCUCCUGCACCGCCGGCCUCCCGCCACCGGGUGGCAGCACCCCUCUCCUCGUCCUCUUCCUUCUUCCCUCUGGAUUACACAGAGGACUACAUCUCCCAGGACCUGGAGGUCAGCAAGCAGCAACAGCUGGAUAAGAAGGCCCCCCAGGACUACGGCCCUCUGUCAGAGCUAGAUGAUGACAGUCUGCAGAAGGUCAGCUUCCUGCUGCAGAAAUAUGGCAUCUCCCUGAAAGAUCUGACCCCAGACCAGCUGGAGAGUUUGUCGGAGGCUCUGGACAUGCUUCAGGUGGACAGCAUGGACACAGACGCACACGCACAGCAGGGCACACAGGGUGAGAAAAAUGGAGACUCCAGUCCUAAAAAAGUGCUGAAGCUCACCGAGGGAUCAAUGACUCAUGUUGUGGAGAAAGCCUCUGCCCCCCAAACCAUCUGCCCCUGGGCCCCAGGGCACCCCAGAGGCCCCCAAAGCCACCCCACCUGCCCCAGCCCAAGCCACCCCACAGGGGACCGCCGCGGCAGCACCAGGGGUCCUCCAGAGCAAGAUGGCCGCUGCAGCCCCCAAAACGAGGCGCCCAGCCACUUCAGGGAGGAGUACGGCUAUAUAGUCACCAACCAGAGCCCCCUCAAUCUGUAUGAUGGGGUUCACCUGCUGGAGACUCUGGCCAGGAGGAUCCACCUCACCCCCUCCACCUUCAUCAAGAUCAGUGUGGUGGGCCCAGCACUCACAUUCCGUGUGAGGCCCAACGAUCAGAACGCCACGGCACAGGACGUCUCUGACAAAGCAGUGGCGGAGAAGAACUUCCUGGAGUCCGAGACGGGUCUGACGAUUCUGCAGGCUGGCGUGGGGGAGAAGAAUGAUGGGCGUGCGUUGCCAGUGGCAACCCGAGUGCGGGACGGCAGCCGCUGGGUGUUCCUCACGCUGGUGGGCGUGGCAUGUGUGGGCGGGAUUCUGGUGGGUGCGUUGACCAUCGCCUGCCUGCGGAACCACGCCCGCAAUCUGGCCUCCACCAAGCUGGGCCUAGGACCAGAGGCCGGGGGGGUCACACACUUCGAGUACCAGGAUCUGUGUCGUCAGCACAUGGCCUCUAAGGCUCCUCUGGGCCGUGCAGAGAGUGGUGAGGCGGGGGCAGUUGGGGGGUGGCGGGGGGGCAGGCCCGGGGCAGUGGGGGUGUGGGGGCAGGGGCACCGAGCGGACCGUCCCAGCGUGAGCAGCGUCUCGUCACAGUUCAGCGACGCCCCUCAACCCAGUCCCAGCUCCCACAGCAGCACCCCCUCCUGGAGUGAGGAGCCAGCACAGUCCAACAUGGACAUCUCCACUGGACACAUGAUACUGGCGUACAUGGAGGACCACCUGAAGAACAAGGACCGCCUGCAGAAGGAGUGGGAGGCCCUGUGCUCCUACCAGGCCGAACCCAGCGCCAUCGCCACGGCUCUGAGCAACGCCAACGUCAAGAAGAACCGCUGCCCCGACGCCGUGCCCUAUGACCAUUCCCGAGUGAAACUGAAGGCUGAGGGCAACCCCUCUAGAACAGACUACAUCAACGCAAGCACUAUAAUUGAACAUGACCCCCGGAUGCCAGCUUACAUCGCCACCCAGGGUCCACUGUCACACACCAUCUCCGACUUCUGGCAGAUGAUUUGGGAGAGUGGCUGCACUGUGAUUGUCAUGAUGACCGCGCUGGUGGAGGAUGGAGAGAAACAGUGUGAUCGCUACUGGCCUGAUGAGGGCUCCUCUCUCUACCACAUCUAUGAGGUGAACCUGGUGUCAGAACACAUCUGGUGUAAUGACUUCCUGGUGCGGAGCUUCUACCUGAAGAAUGUACAGACGCAGGAGACGCGCACGCUCACACAGUUCCAUUUCCUCAGCUGGCCUGCCCAGGGCAUCCCCACCUCCACGCGCCCCCUGCUGGACUUCCGCAGAAAGGUGAAUAAGUGUUACCGAGGACGAUCCUGCCCCAUCAUCGUGCACUGCAGCGAUGGCACCGGGCGCACUGGCACCUACAUCCUGAUCGACAUGGUGUUGAACCGCAUGGCCAAAGGAGUAAAGGAGAUCGACAUUGCUGCUACCCUAGAGCAUAUCCGAGACCAGAGACCAGGAAUGGUGCGCACCAAGGACCAGUUUGAGUUUGCUCUCACUGCCGUAGCUGAAGAGGUGAAUGCCAUUCUGAAGGCCCUUCCACAGUGAGACCAGCCCCAACAGAACACUUCCAGCCACACACACACACACGCACGCACAUACAUAUUCACAUAUACACACUUGCCUACUCUUUUUCUAGUGCCACUUAAAACAUUGCCAAACAUACAACCCUAUACUGUCUAUUACUAACACUCUCUCUUGUGCUAUCAAAAGCCUGCCAAUCAGUAAUCACACACACACACACACACACACACACACACACACACACACACACAACCACAUGGUGAUUGAUACCUUUGCCCUUACAAAAACAAGCUUGUGCCAGCAGAUACAAACACAUACCUCAUUCUCACUCACACACACACACACACACACACACACACACACACACACACACACACGCACAUUUGCCUACAAUACGUGUAAGCGUCAGAAAUGUAAUUGUCAGGAUUGACUUCCUCUCUGGGGUCGAAGCAGAGCUGUUUACUGUGCUUGCUUCUCUACCAACAUUAUCUUCUGUUUCCCUCUCGUUGUCGCGGUGAUCGCCAUGGUGAUGCAAACCUGUCCUUUGCUGCGCCCUGAUUGGUGUUUAGAAUGUUCUCCCCGUAGCCCUCCCAUGUCCUGAAAGCCAAUCAGAGAAGCCGAGAGGGAGAGCUGAGAGAGAGAAAGACAUAGAGACAUAGAGAAAGGGAGAACCUCCUCCCCUCCACACAUGCAAACACUAAAGUCUCAAGGAAAAAACACCUCCUGAAGUGCUGCGUAUGUAGCUUAGCUUAGCUUAGUUUAGCCUAGCGACAUCAUCAGUCUAUACUGACUCUACUUCUCCCCAUUUAUCCAGCAGUCUCACACACACACACACAUCUGUGUGUGUGCCCCCUCAGUGUUAAGCUCAUGGUCUCCAUGUUGUUGACCUUCUUCCUCCUUCAUUCGUGGAUGACCCUGAGAUGCUAACGCAGCGUCCGUAGAGGUCAUUCAGGAUUCUCUCUCUCUCUCUCCGUUGCCAUGGAGACAGAGGAGCUACAGCCGAGGAUUCACCAGUUUAUUCUCACACCUGAUUAAUCAACUGUGGCUGCAUGUUUACCGUUCACCAAAUCGCUGCCCUGAAAGGUUUGCAAAUUGUGUGCAGUGUUCCUCGGAGUGAGUGGUUUGUAUUCUAGUACAUCCAAAGCCAUUUGUGCAGGUCAGCCACACUCUCUAGUGUAGUUAGAUGACCGUUAUUUAUGUAAGAAAAACUCAUAUAAUCAUUCUCAGUCUCUAGAGUGCAGUGCCAUAGCAGUCACUGCCUGGUUUAAAUAAUGUGUCACAUCACAGUUGAGGAUAGACGACGUCUCAGGUUCUACUUUCAGUGUUUGGGUGUAGAUCUGCUGAACUGUGGGUGGGGGUUCUUUUGAGUGUGUUAAGGCAGGUGGAGUCAGUGGUUGGUUCUGGUUGGUUCUGCUGGGUUCUGGUUGGUUCCGUUCGGUUUUGCUGGGUGCCCAAAUUGUCAAGUGCUGCAGAAAGGAGUGGAGCAUAGCUGGUUCUGUAGAGCGGUUCUCUGUGUCUCUCGGUUCCUUAUGGUUCCUCUCGGUUCCUUUGUCUUUUUCCUGUGCUGCAAAUAGACUCUUGUUCUGCUUUACACGUCUAAUUGUCCUUCCUGCCUUCUGCGACUCACUCAUUCCUCGUACUGUAGAUGAUUUAUGGUUGUGUUUUCUCUUGCAAAUGAGUAAAAAAAUGAAAUAAAAAGAUAUAAAGCAUAUUAUGUACUUCAGUAAAGAUUAUAUAUCUAUUUUGUAUCUGGAUGUGAUGAUUAAUAAAACUUGUGUGUGAAGUGGUGCAACUGCA